AUGGGCCCAUUAAUCUUGGAUACUAUCAGUAACUAUACAGGGGUGAAUUAUUCUCUGCCGAAAAUUGACGCCGUGGCACUACCUGACUUCAUUGCUAAAGCGAUGCAGAACUGGGGACUUCCUACAUUCAGGGAGAUGUAUAUCCUGUAUAAUCCCUCCAAGAACAGCUUGAGAGACAAAUUCGCUGUGUUGUCAGAAAUUGUACACGAGCUGAGUCAUCAAUGGUUCGGAGACUUGGUGACUGCUGAGUGGUGGAGUUAUGCUUGGCUCAAUGAAGCGUUCGCCACUUACUUUCAGUACACAAUUCCAAAUCAGUUGGAGCCAAGCUGGGAGUUAGGGAGCACAAUGUUUGUGGUAGAGGCAGUACAGUACGCUCUGGACUUGGACGUAGGAAGUCCUAGGCCGAUGACAUCAGAUGUGUGGACACCAUCACAAAUUGGAAACAUCUACGACUAUGUUACAUAUGAGAAAGGUGCUUCUGUACUUCGAAUGGUAGAAACUUUUUUGACCACUAAAGUUUGGAAACAAAGUUUGAAUAACUACCUUUAUACCAACGAGAAUGGAGUUGGCACACCAGAGAAUCUGUUUGCGGCUCUGAUAAAGGGAUCACAAGACCCAACUACUGAUAAUAACACCCUGAAGGACUGGACGGUCCAGCCUGGCUACCCGGUUAUCACGGCCAUCACAAGUCAGGUGGACAACAGGAACAUCACCUACCUACUUUCUCAGAUGCCAUAUGCUCAAUCCAAUGGGUCAAAUUACACUUGGAAUGUGCCUGUAGUCUACACUAGCGAAUCUCAAUGCCAAUUUGACCCAGUGUUGGCUCCCAAGCACUGGCUUUACCCCUCUGACCCUUCUAGCAGCAUACUGACCGUUGAUGACAAUGGUUGGCUCCUUCUUAACGUCGAUCAGAUUGGGUACUACAGAGUGAACUAUGAUGCCGCCAACUGGGCCAAGCUCAAGUCACAACUGGACUCCAACUUCACAAGGAUCAGCGACAUCAACAGGGCUCAGAUAAUUGAUGAUGCAUUCCACUUGGCCCAGACCGGUCACCUGGACUACGUCACAACCUUUGGCCUAACCAACUAUCUUCCAGAGGAGAGAGCUUUUGCUCCAUGGAACGCUUUCUUUGUCAAUAUGAGGUUCUUGAUCAAUAUCUAUUACAACACACCCACCGGAGAUGGUCUUCAGGAGUACGCCCGCAGGACUAUGCUACCGACGGCAUUCAAUUUCUUUUUGGGAAACCUUGGACCAAACAAAGACAAUUUCUUGUUUACAACGACAGUGGCGGCGGCAGGACUCUUUUCUUGUGAAGUCGGUCUCCCUGAGUGUAGAAUAUUAACUAAGAACACAUUUGACGUCUGGCGCAAGAAUUCCUCAUACGAGAUCCCACCUUUUGUAAAGCAGACCGUUCUGUGCACCGGCCUCGAAAUGGAACCUACAGUUGAAACUUUUCUGGAAGUUUGGACAUUCUAUCUCUCCUCUGAUAAUGAUGCAGAAAAGAGAACAAUCAUGUAUGCAAUGGGUUGUAUUACCAACACUACUGCCAUUAAUAUGUAUCUGGACACUGUGACCGAUACAUACUCCAACAAUGUUCGCUUGGAGGAUCGCGGGAUCGCAUUCCAAUCACUUGCUGCUCAUCAGGCCGGUGUAAUACCAGUAUUACAAUAUCUUACCACUAAUUACGUCAGAUGCAGCAAUGCCUUAGGCACCAGGAUCUCUGCCGUCAUUGCUACCAUAUCUGAAAUGAUUACGCAAGAAUCACAAAUAUCAUAUGUGACGUCUAUACUGAACAAUUCCACUGUAGACCAGAGGUUGAAAGAACAGUUGAUCUCUGUUGUCAUCCCAGCCAUUGCCCAGAAGCAAAUGUGGACUUCUACCCCUCAGGCAUCGGCUCUCUCUCAGUGGGUUGAUAAUUAUAUCAAUUCUUCUGCAUCAAAUUUUGUCAUUAACAUCACGCUUGUGUUUGUAUGUGCUUUAAUUAUAUUACUCAAGUAAUGUUUUAUGGCCAUGUCAAAUUAUUUUUUUUACAGUAUAAACUUGGUUGAAGUUUGCAGUUUA